CGAGACCUUCAUCUCGCUCACGUGCUCCAUCGCUUCUCACCCACGUGCACUGGAAGCAGAGGCCGUCGCCGGGAUCAGCCAUGGAUCUGUGGCAGAGGGCGAAGGUUUUCGCCGAGGAGGCGGCGAGGCGAUCGCAGGAGAUCUCCAAGGAGGCGGCCAAGCGCUCGCAAGAGCUCACCCAGGGCGCUGCGAGGUUAUCGCAGGAGUUCGUCUCCGAGACGACCAAGAAGUCGAAGGAGAUGGCCGCCGAAGCCGCCAAGAAGGCCGAUCUUCUCCGUUCCGAGGCGCUCCGCGCCGCUGACCAGAUCAAGACCCUCUCCAUUGACAUCCCCAUCCCGAUUGCAUCUGCAUUGGUGUCGGGAUCUAGCGCGGCUGUUGCUCCGGAACCUGCUUCGGAUCUCGAGAGAUUUGGGAUUACCCAGGAGCUGAAGGAGUUUGUUCAGGGAAUCCAGAUUAGCACUUUCAGGGAUUUUUCCAUGCAAGAUGAACCCGAACCAGAAAUAUCCACCAUCCCCCCAUCAUCAAAUGUGAGGCAAGAUCUUAAUGAAUGGCAAGCAAGACAUGCUACUUUGGUUCUGUCAACAGUCAAGGAAAUAUCAAAGUUCAGAUAUGAGCUAUGUCCUCGUUACAUGAAAGAGAGAAAGUUCUGGCGGAUUUAUUUCGCUCUUGUAGACAGUCAUGUAUCUCCCUACGAGAAGAGGUAUAUGGAGGAGACGAAGAAGAAAGCAGAGCAAAAACAAACAGAGAGUGUCAAGGAAAACCCGAAUACUGCAUUUGCUACAGUGGCAGAAGCAAAAGAAACCAAAAUGCUGAAGACUUCCACCUCAAAGACUCCAGAGGAUUUGGAUGUGUUUCUUCUUGGUGAUCUUGGAAGUGACGAGGAGGGCCUGGAUGGCAACAAUGUUGACUUGGAUGAUGAGUUCGAUAAGAUUGGGAGCACCUCGGGCUUAGACAGUGAUACUGAGAAACUUUAAUCAGUCAUGUUCAACAUCGGAUAUGGCAAAUCGAAUGGAUUGUUCACGCCACUGAUCAACAGCACUGAGAUACUAUCUUUUGUAGUCUAUAUUCCGCGUCUGAUUACUUGCUACAUUAGCCGAUUCCUGUAAAUUCUGAUUUUUUACCCGUGAAUCUAGUUUUCCUUUUUAUGUCUUGUAGAAUAACUCAAGUUUAUUCAAGACGAUAGAUUUAAUUGUUUGUUUA